CGAGAAGUGGAUAUCAACAUCCAAAAUGGGUUGCGCCAAGGUUUCUGAUCCAACGCAGACCUUCGAACUGAAGGGAGAGGAAGAUUACAGUAGCUGUCCGGUGGAGCGGUGAAUUUUUGUCUAGUUCAUUAUAAUCACACUCUGAGUUGAUAUUAUCAACUUUUUCUGGUAUUGUUGGAGGUUGUCGACCACUCAUUAGAGUUAUCGUCCGUGAUGCCUUGCCCACUUGCCCCCUUCCUACCUUUGGCUGAGCAGGCCUUUGGUUGCCUCGUGCGCGGCAACUGGUCUGCUGCCCUCCGCCCGGCCUUGGGACUGAUGGCACUGCACCACUUCGAUGCUGUGAAGGCCAAAAAACUUGAAGACGAGAUGGAGCUUAUCACAUUGGAAUGCACCACUUUAGGUGAGGAAGGAAAUGAAAGCAGUGGAGGUUGUGCUGCAACAAGUUAUGACCGCAUCGAAGGGCCAGCGCUGCUAUUCACAGGGCUAGAUUGGCUCCAAAAUGAGGAGGAGGUCGCCACUCCAGCAGCACAAGCCUGGCAUUUGUGGGUCAAGACUACUUGCAGCUCCUGUGCAGUUGCUCACCUUUUUGGAGGUGCCUACCUGAUGGUGGAUGAAAAUGGUCAUUUGGCUACACUGUCACCCACUGGUGGUCUAUGGCAGCCGGCUGGCUGUGCAGCAUUGAAUGAUGACAUUUUUCACUUCGUGGGUUUCUCCUUUGGCCCGGAUGAAGGGGAGCAGAUCUUUCAGGAUGGUGCUACUUGCGGCCAGAGAACAAUUGAAGUGGCAAACAGCUCUGGGUGGUCUUCUGCUGCUGCGAAGUCUCUAGUCAUGUUCGGUGGCAACACAACCAGCCUCUCGAUUUUUUCCGGCGAGAUGGAUGCUGCAGCGAUCUUCGCCACGGAAAUGACCGUGCAGGAUUUGCGGCACGACAUGAUUGCGGCAACAUGGAGAGGUGAAGGUCCGACCUUUGCCCAACGCUACCUCGCAAGCGCUUGUGAAGACUCUCGCUUGGCAAAUUCCAACUUCCCACGGUGUGGGCUGGAGGUUGAACAGAUUUUGGCAGAAACAUGGCCAUGUGUCCAGGGCGACAUGUGCGGCUGCUUCGCCAAGCUCAAAGGCAAGCGAGAGCUUCAAUGCUCCAUAGGAUGCGCUGGCUCGAAUCUUCGAAGGACACUGCCAAAGCUGCUGGAGGAACGUUGCUCAGAUGAGCUCCAUCUUGGCAAGUCUUGUCAGACAGAUGGUGACUGUGACUCGCUUUUCCCACCAAUUGGUCAAGAAGCGAAGCUAGUGUGCGAUUCAGACACGUUUAAAUGCACAUUUGGAACGACCUUCGUGCUUCCCCAGCACCUUCUUGAGGGUUCCUUGUGCAUUGCCAGGGGCAGGAGCUCCCCACCCCUGGAGCGGUGGCAAGCACAAUAUCUUUUGGCUGCACUGACCAAAAACAACGCUUCGAUCUUUUUGACGGUUGAAACGACGGACGGGUGUGACCUCGUCGAUGCAAAUGUCUCGACCGACUUUGUCACUGCCCAUGACGGCUCUACUGCCUUUGACAGACAGGCUGCAGACUUCAAAACAACAGUGACAGAAACCACCACUGCCAUGGCUAGUUUGAACGAAACUACCACGGAAACUUCCACGGGUGCAAGCACAAGCGAGCAAGCAACGACGAGUACCGCGGAAACAACCAUGGACGAGUUGCUCUUUGAGGGCAAGCUGGAGGUCAGUUUGGACUUGCCGAAUGUGGUUGUUUUCGGCGCUGGAGGUGUGCAGCAGCUGAGGUUCAAGGUGAAUGCCAGCGCGGACAGCACGGGGCUGGAGGGUCUCCUUGCAGUGGCCGAAAAAAUUCAAGGCAGCCUGGGAUCCUAUGUGUCACAGGACCCUUCUCCGGAUCUUGCGCAUACUGACAUGAAAGAGGAGGUGCCAGCCACACUUUCCAAGGUCAUUAAGGAUGGAUCUCGGGUUCUCAAUGUGUCCCACAUCGUGCUGGGCACACCCUUGGUGAGCGUGACUUAUCAGGAACCUGAACUUUGCUCCAGUGCGGAGUUUGAGUGUGCACCGGGAGUGUGCGCCUUGUGCCCCUCGGAUUCAUGCCUGUGCGACGGGUGGCAGGAUUGCGAGAAUGGUGGUGAUGAGGAUAUUUGGGGUCUCCUUGUCCAACGCAACGUGACCACAGCAGAAUGUGAACUUCUACGGAAUCGGUCGCUCACGAAUACCAGCGUCAACGAGAAUGGCACAGUCGAGGGAGAUGAUCCUUGCUUUGGAGUGAGUGGCUUUCCGUGCAACGGAACAGUGUGUAUUCCAAUCCCUCAGCAUUGUGAUGGGAUUGAGGAUUGUCCUGACGGAGCAGACGAAGAAGGAUGCCCAGCGAUGCCAGAGUCUCUAGACAAUGAGACCAAUGUCAGCUUCCAGUGGAUUGCAGCAGUGUUCUUUGCCGACCAGGAGGUUCAGUGCGUAAGACUCUCUCAACCUGAUGGAGUUGUGGCGCCCCAAGUGCGCGUCCUGUCCUGCGAUUUGGAGGCAAUUUUGCCUGGAAAGCUGGACCUGGCCAAAGCCAAUGGAAAACAUGUUCCUUCGCCUAUGCGAAACCCUCCAGCCAACUGCCGGUACAUGGCAAGUAUCGUAACUGAUACAGCUCGAGUUGGACAAGACAAUCCGCCUUUUGUAAAGGCAGAUGUGGACCAUGUGCAAGGACAGGCAGUGUUCUCUUCAAAGCAGUGUGCGGUUGGACCAAAGCUACAAAACUACGAGAUCAUAGGUUUGGCAACAGCGGAGCUUGCCUACGAGCGUGAUCCCGGUUCCACAAUUGUCAUGUGUUAUUGCAUCCAGCGCAUGUUCUUAGAACCCGCGGUCAUGCUGGAAUUGGACGCAGAGGACAAGGUAGCCAUUAUGUGCUCCAACUUCACCGACAUGGCGGAGGGGAAUUACCACAGGUCCUGGAUCCGUGUGGGUGUGAUCGUCGUUUUCAACGAACUUUUUGAGGCGACAAUCCGGCACACAUCCACCACAGUUCGUUACAAGGACGAGACUACACGUUUGGUGCGACACUUCAAGAAUCUCUUCUGGUUCUGGCUUUUGAACGCAGCUGUGAUGCCUGCCCUUGUGAGUUGCACCAUACCUGCGGCUUGGGGGUGGCUGAACCGGGAACUGGAACUCAGCACUGUGCCCCAUGGUGGCAUGUCCAUGAGGGAGUGGCACGGCUGGGUGGGCAGCGUCAUCACGUUGAGCAUGGCUUGUCGUGUCUUCAUCCCACAGGUGCCUGACCUAAUUGCGGUUUGCUGCCGAAGAUGCAAUCGAUACCGCAAGGCUCGGAAGAUGAUCUCCCAGGAAGACCUGAAGAACCUCUAUGUGAACCCUGAGUUCCGCAUUGCAGAGGGCUUCGCAGAGGUGACUGUGACGGCAAGCAUUGCAAUGAUUUUUGGUCCAGCGCUCCCUUUGCUGAAUGUGCUAGCUGCCGUGUCCUGCUUCACACGUUACUUGGUGGAUUGGUAUAUUUUCUUGCGACACUCUCGACGCCCAGCUAUGUACGAUGAAAUCAUUGCCCGAGUGUCUGUCAACCAUUUGCUCAUGGCCUUGGUGUUCCGCUCUGCUACCAGCAUUUUGGUUUGGGUGGAUCCGACCCUCUUUGCAUCUGAUGUGGAGGGCUGCAGUUUCGAUGAGACUGAUGUGGAUUCACUGCGAGCACAGUACUUCCAGGAAAACUUUCGCAUGUUCGAGCUAUUUGUCAAUCCAACAUGCAAUCCGGGUGCCUGGUUCUUUGCCUUCCUGCCGGGUUUGUCAGCAGUCGGAUGUUUGGUGGUACUGCCCAACCUCACCAUUGUUAGGUCCAUCCUUAUGGUCCUUUGCAGACGCUGCAGAUCCAAGACUGGUUAUCUCUACGACGAUGUGGUCAAGGCACGCUUGCAUCGGCGGAUCGUGGCCUCCUACCAGCCUCGAGUGCACCCAGGCUUUCAGACAGCCUUCAAGUUGAUGGAUUUGACAGCCAAUUUCAACGAACAGGGGCUUUCUGACAGCUCCGAGAGCCACGCCUCAACGGACUUGGCUUCAGAACCUGAGCCUGAAGAGGAGAACUUGGCUGUGACGAUCUUCGGCAAAGAGUAUGAAGACAUGGAGUACUUCAAGCGCUUGAAGAAGGAGAAGAAACGGGAGAAGAAGGAGAAGAAGGAAAAGAAAAAGAAAGAAAGUACGGAUCCAUUCGAUGAUCCUGAUGUCAACCCAUACGACCUUGGCGCACAAGAAAAGCACCACAAGAAGAGAAAGAAGGACAAGAAAGACAAGAAGGGUGACCAGAACUACUCAGAAGCCCAAGCCUUGUCAGGCUUGGUGGAUUUCUAGGUCGAUGAACGGGCAAGGCCAACCAGGAGUGCCGUGUUGGUCGAGCUGUCUUGCUAAUGAGAAGUGGCCUUGUUGAGGUUGCUGAAAGGAGCUCCUGUGCUUUGCAGGGUUCCUCACCCGAAAAUGUGCCGCCAGGUCCUUGUAGCUCCCGGGCCAUGCACAUUUAACAUCUCUA